AUGGUAGUGAUUGUCGAGAAAAUGGAAAUAACAGGAAGCAAUAUAAUGAUUCUCCUGGCCAUACUGAUUUAUUUGUCUGCAGCGCAUACUACAGCAUACGAUAAUUUAGCUUUAGGGAAACCUGCAUAUCAGGAUGAUGAAUGGCCUUAUGAAGUUCGAGAUCUCUGGGGGGCACAAAAUGCGGUAGAUGGCUACUAUAGGGACCGAUCAGCUUUUGGGUACCAGUGCACAAUAUCAAAAAACCACAAGUGGAGAGCGACGUGGAGAGUAGACCUACUCAGUAUUGUCAGUAUCAGUCACAUCAACAUCUACUUCAGGACGGACAACAGACCAAGUCCUGGUUUACGGAUUGAUCGAUUUGGAGGAUUUUUCCUCUACGUUUCAAACACAACAUCAAAAGACGACGGUCAUCUUUGUUUCCACUACGUAGAAUCGGGUUACGAGUCAAGAUCUGAAGACAAGCGAAUAAACUGCUCUGUUCAAGGACGAUAUGUUAUAUACUACAACGAGCGAAGGCCGGGUGUGAAGUAUCCAAGUUAUUAUUCAAAAUAUGCACAUACUGACUUGUGUGAAGUGCAAGUCUGGGGCUGUCCCAACGAUUUAUAUUACGGAGAAAAUUGCACAAAACCAUGUCCAAGUAACUGCCAGGGACGUAGGUGUGAUAUCAUAACAGGAGAAUGUCUGGGUUGUGCACCAGGUUAUCGAGGACCUAGAUGCAGUCAGAUGUGUGAAGACCAGAGAUAUGGACCCGGAUGCUCUAUGUCUUGUGGUCACUGUAGAAACGGUGAAACCUGUCACCAUGUCAACGGGACCUGUCUCAAUGGUUGUAAGGAGGGGAUGGCGGGGGAGAAAUGUGAAGAAGCAUGUCCGACUGGAUCAUAUGGUCUUCACUGCCUGACGAGCUGUAAAGAGUAUUGUGGAGGAGAGGGGACCUGUAACCCGGUCACUGGGAUAUGUCACAGUGGGUGUAAGGAGGGGUGGACCGGGCCCCUCUGUAGGCAAGGUGAACCUAACAACUCAAGUUUACUAUCACUGACUAGAUUCUAA